UCGCGGCGACCACGUGGUUGGUUUAUCCGGGUCAUCUCAUAGGUUGAAGCUUUUUUUGUUCCCACAACCAUCGAGAUUAAUCUGACAACAGAAGUAGAAGAAGAGGAGAGAAAAAGACAAGAACAAGAAAAAAAGGAAACAAAAGAGUUCAGUUAUGGCUGUCGGGAUUAACGCGAUGCCGGUGACGUUUGCGGCCCACGCGCUGGCUGUAAUAGCGGCGAUUAUGGUUCUUGUUUGGAAUAUCAGCUACAGAGGUGGUCUUGCUUGGGAAGCUGAAAACAAGAAUCUCAUAUUUAAUCUGCAUCCUGUUCUGAUGCUCAUUGGAUUUGUAAUCUUGGGAGGAGAAGCAAUUAUAAGUUACAAAUCGCUUCCCUUGGAGAAACCGGUGAAGAAGCUGAUCCAUCUUAUUCUCCAUGCCAUUGCUCUGGCUCUUGGGAUCUGGGGAAUCUGCGCAGCCUUCAAGAACCACAAUGAAAGUGGCAUCCCUAACCUCUACAGCCUCCAUUCUUGGAUUGGUAUUGGUGUCAUUUCUCUUUAUGCCUUCCAGUGGGUGUACAGCUUCGCAGUGUUCUUCUUCCCAGGAGGGUCACCGAAUCUGAGAAGCGGUUUGCUUCCGUGGCACGCAAUUCUAGGCCUAUUUGUUUAUAUUCUUGCGGUUGGGAACGCAGCUUUAGGGUUUCUGGAGAAGCUGACUUUCCUGGAGAGUGGUGCUAAGCUUGACAAGUACGGUCCAGAAGCGUUUCUUGUGAACUUCACAGCCAUCGUCACCAUUCUCUUUGGUGCCUUAGUGGUGCUCACUGCUUCUGCUAAGUCUCCCUCCUCCAUUGAUGAUGCUGACAACUACAGCUACUCUGCUAUAUGAAAACGCUUUGUACAUUUCCGCAGUUCCUCGCAUAUCUUUUGUUGCUCCUUGGUGCUAUCAAAAGAAAAGAUCAUAUUCUUAUUUGAUGUAUUUGUAGUGAAAAACACUUUGUGUUUGUGGUUUCGCUGAUUAUGAGUUUGCUACUUCUGAUGUGUAAAAUCUUCAGUAAUAUUAUUGAAAAUUGCAACA